CCAGAUGUAUUAUUAACGCCAGUGGACAGAGACGACGGAUUUUAACUCAGUAUUUCAGCCGCAGGUUUUCUGUUAGGGCGUCAAAUCAUAAGGUGGAAUUGAAAUGAAAUUGUAGGGUGUAGCAUGAAGUUACGAAGUGUGGUGUUCUCUAAAUAGACCCUGCCUGCUGUACGUACGUAAAGGUCAUGAGUAGAACGUGGAACGUUGUUAUUUUUAGCCAAUUAUGUUGAGAAAUAAUAGUCACCUACGAGAUAAGCGCUAUGCGUGGAUAUUUAAUUAAUGUUUUAGUUCAAGGCUCAAGCAUUGCGUAUGCGGUGAACUGUAUUGCCGACUGACUUCAGUUAGACAGUAAGUCGAGAGAAUACGGAAAGAGGGAUAAAAAUAAGGCGGACUUACAUACAUUUUCGAUUGCUGUCACAGGCGCGCCUAGCUUCUAAGUAACCUUACGUAUUUCGCUUUGAUCUAUGAAGGAGCUAUGCAGAUUAACUUAUGCGUCAUCUGGAAUUAUUUUAUGAUAGUACAAUUUGACGUGGCGCAAAAUUGCUCUAAAGACCAUACAUUAACGUAUCGUGUUCAGCAUUUACAUGUCUGGUGAUUUUUUUUAUAGUGAUCGCACCUAUGACGUCCCGUGACAUAUGACUCAAACGGUAUGGGUGAGAGUCCCAGCGGUGACGUUUUAUCGCGUGUGGAUUCAUAAGGUUUCCGCCGACGUUAUUAUGGAAGAUAUAUGUUGGCGUCAGUAUUUUGCGUGAGACAUGUUAGCUCACCCAACAGUUUUUGAAGGUUUUCGCUUUAAACAGAAUGUUAAAAGCGUUUAAGAUAAGUCAUUGGGCUUUUUCAUUUUAAAACCUAAUGUAAACUGCUGAUAGUUGGACAAAUAUUGAUGUGUUACCGGGUGAAUGGCUUGAGUAAGAUCUUAAUACACGUUUCGCGGCGUUUAAGCAGUAAAAGUGUUGAAACACGUGCAUCGGCUUAGCGGGGGUCUUCAGAUUGAGUAUUUUGUUACAAAAUCCCAUGCCUGGCCGGCCAGGCUCGCUAACUGUCGGGUAAUAGUUGAUAAUUCGCCGUAAUCGGCCAGCUUGGGGCUCCUCCAAUUGAGCGUGGGUCAAGCGUCCGUCGUCGCUGGGUCAGUUUACGUACCGCCGCCUUUGAAGCGAGUUAUAUUGCUUUGUGGUUCGUUCCGCGCAUGCGUACUGUUUGCCUUGGUCGCUGGGUCGCAACGACAGGAAGUUGCGCAAAUUUUUCACCGUUUAUCAGCAGAUGUGCCAGCCAGCGUCUAGCAAGGAUAAUUUGACUGUUUAACUAAGUGGAACAUAUUAUCUUUAUCGACGACCUUAAGCAAAGAGAAAGUUGGCAGUCGACCAAGACCCGGAUUUCGCAUUAGUUUAGUUCGUGGCCUGCGUCAGUUUUUAUUGUGCCCGAAAACUACGAUUUUUCGUUUGCCACAACUGUUAUCGAUCUCGUAUAAAAGUACAAAUGAUGGAUAGAAGUGUUUCUUAAGAGUUCGUGGGUGGAAAGCAUAUUGGCGUCCACCUCCGGCUUCUCGAUUUGACCGAUUUUUUUGUAAAAAAAGCAAACGGCGAGUUACGACUUUUUAUGAAAGUAAGACGAAGAUAGAUCUUUGUUUCGAAACUUGAUUUUUUUCUCCAGGCUUAUAAUGUUCUUUAAGUAGGUGUGAAUAAGACGUGUGUGUUGCGUUAAUUCAACCUGUGCUUUAACCAGGACUUCAGCUUCGGAUUUCAGAUCGACCACGCGGGAUCCGGAAGAAUAAAAUCGACGUAAUCGAAAUUCAAACCAGCGGAACUAAAAUUAAGGGUUUUGGUGAAAAAGUUGAAAACUAAGAAUGGUUUUGGAUCAUCAAGAUAUGGAGGAAAAUUAUUUACAAACUGCGACCUUGAAAGCGAAGGAUAGGACGCUACUGGUGGAUCUUUCGUUUCGUGGUAAAGUGCAACCAGAAACAGACUCCUCGGCGAAAGAAAAUCGGCGAAAAUCUUGUUGCGGAGAAAUCGUCGGUGCAGUUUCUUCGACAAAAUUCUCAGAACCCCAGGAAAUCCACGCUUGCAAGAGACACAGAACUAAAAUUGCUGAAUCGACUCGUUUUGGAAUUUUUAAACAGUUUGGAAAAUUUCUUCGAAAAACACUGCCGAAAAAGCAACGAAAAAAACGCGGAAAAAGAAGACGAAAUUUAAAAACACAACGUCAUCGACAGGAGCGAACAUGUUUGUCACAUCAGGCGAUUUUUCUACUACUUAUCUUGCAAGAAAUAGCGCUCACUUCGGUGUCCUCGAUCAGGGCGGGAGUUUUCUGCGACAAGAUCAUCGGUCUAGCUCCUCUACAGAGAGCUAAGUGUAGAGCAAGACCAGAUGCUAUGACGGUUAUAGCACAGGGGGCGGAGAGGGCGAGAUACGAAUGUAUUUGGCAGUUUCGUUACGAUAAAUGGAACUGCACGAACAACGGAACGGCGACGGUUUUUGGGACGGAACUAUCAGUCGCGUCGAGAGAAAGUGCCUUCGAAAACGCCAUCAAAUCUGCUGGAAUCUUAUACGAGAUUGUGAAAGCUUGCGGGGAAGGUAACCUGGGUGCUUCUUGCGGUUGCGCGAAACAUGACAUCAGUUUCCAAAGGACGAAACGACGAACGCAAAUGACGCCGGCACAGGUGGAGAGAAAAGUUUAUCAACGUUGGAGGUGGGGAGGGUGCUCGGUGGAUCUGGGAUUCGGGCUUAAUUAUACAAGAGAGUUCAUGCGAGCGGGAGAAUUACUACAAAGCUCCAGGACGCUGAUGAACCGACAUAAUUACGAAGCAGGCAGACUGGCAAUCAUCAAAAACUUGACGAAAUCCUGCCGGUGUCAUGGCGUCUCAGGAUCAUGCAAUGUUAAGACGUGUUGGAUCGCCCUGCCUUCGUUUCGACAAGUCGGUGACAACCUACGUAGAAAAUACAAAGAAGCAAAAAGAGUUGAAGCAAUUCUUGGUGGUCGAAGGAGACGGCCUCAUAUUUUAAAAAUCUGGAGAAACCCGAAAAAGCCAUCGCCACGGGAGCUUGUGUAUCUCGAAAAGUCGCCCGAAUUUUGCCAAAAGGACAACCGUAUCGGUAUUUUCGGCACGCAAGGCCGGCAAUGCAACGGCACCAAUUCAAACUACAGUGGGUGCGGCAAGUUAUGUUGCAACCGAGGCUACAGGGUGACUGAGUACAUCAAAAUCGAUCAGUGUAAAUGCAAGUUCUUUUGGUGCUGUACUGUGACAUGCCAGGAGUGCCCACGCCUGGUAAGUAAAUAUACCUGCAACUGACAACUGCCUAAUCAGGGCGAGCAAUGAAAACACCAUCAUUACCGAUGGAAAACAGCACAAGGCAGAGGCAAGGCCGAUGAGAGAAGGAACGGCGGGAUUUGCACGAGCUGCGGGGAGAAGUGCCACAUCGUUGCUUCUAUUGCAGUGCAUACGUUCGGGGCUACACGGUCCAUAUUUCCGUAUAGUAGGGUGGGGUAAGAUGGAACAAGUUCUCAUUCCCUUAAUUCUUGACCUUUCUGUGGUAAACAAAGAAUAUUUACAGAAUUAUAUAGCCGUAGCACCGCGACUCUAAAAGAGCGUUUUUUAAAACACGAUCAGGAAAUAUAAGUGUUAGCUUCUAAAGGUUCCCAUCUUACCCCACAGUACUAUACAAUUAUUUAUAUACCGUUUUUAUCAGUAAAUUUGCGACAACCUUUUUGCUUUUUGGAGCUUCAACGUAAAGUUAUAUUUUACAGCAAAGUUGACCUAAUGGUCACUUAUAUGUGGUAUUAUAUUUUUGAUAUGUUUUACAGACGAAAUCUUAAACGAUGUUUUAUAUCAAAAUAAACGAAAACAAACAAA